AUGGUGCGCCUUCGAGAGAUUCCCCGAACGGCCUCCUUUGCCUGGUCUCCAGGUGCUGGCAAGCCUAUCUUAGUUACCGGCACUCGUGCAGGGGCUGUUGAUGUCGAUUUCUCUGGCGAGAGUAAGCUUGAACUCUGGGAUCUUGCUCUGGACGACCAACAGCAGGGCCUUGAGCUACAACCUGUCGCUAGCAUCAGCACCGACGCUAGGUUCUACGAUGUUGCAUGGGGUCCCCCCAACGAAGACCACCCCCAGGGUAUUAUUGCCGGCGCUCUCGAGAAUGGAUCAUUGGAUCUCUGGGAUGCCGAGAAGCUCAUUGCUGGGGACUCAGAUGCCCUGAUCUCUCAAACAUCAAAACACAGUGGUCCUAUUAAGGCGAUAGAAUUCAACCCCUUGAAGCCUCAAAUUCUUGCCACUGCUGGCGCGAAAGGAGAGCUCUUCAUCUACGACGUCAACGAUAUCGCCAACCCCUUCCGACUGGGAAACGCUGCUGCGCGAUCCGACGAUAUCGAAUGCCUCGCAUGGAACCAGAAAGUCUCACACAUCUUGGCCACGGGUGGGAACGGUGGAUUUGUCACCGUUUGGGACUUGAAGACUAAGAAAGCCUCCCUGACUCUCAACAACAACCGCAAAGCUGUCAGCUCCAUUGCCUGGGAUCCCAACAACUCGACAAAGCUCUUGACAGCAACUCCCGAUGAGACCAACCCCGUUAUCAUGCUGUGGAAUCUCCGAAAUUCCAAUGCUCCUGAGCGGACACUACAGGGUCAUGAGUCUGGUAUUCUCUCCCUUUCUUGGUGCCAGCAGGAUGCCGAUCUCUUGCUUUCAUGUGGCAAGGACAACCGAACUAUUGUGUGGAACCCCAGCACUGGCGAGCGAUACGGCGAGCUACCUGAAGUUACCAAUUGGACAUUCCUCACCCGUUUCAACCCUCACAAUCCCAACCUUUCAGCGACUGCCAGCUUCGACGGAAAGAUCACGGUGCAGACCCUUCAGAACACCAACCCUGACACCUCCAAGGCUGCGGCUGAGAAGAACCUCGAUGAUGAGGAUUUCUUCCGUGCUGCUCAAGAUCAGCCCCAAGACGCCUCGUGGUCGUUGGCCAAGGCUCCCAACUGGUUCGAGAGGCCUGUGGGUGCUUCCUUCGGCUUUGGCGGUAAGAUUAUUGUUUUUAGGCCAAACGCUACUCAACCUGGACAAAAGCGUUCGUCUAAGAUCACGAUCACCAACUUCUCUAUCGAUUCCGAUAUUUCUUCUGCCACCCAAAAGUUCCAAGAAGACAUUGCUGCUGGCAACAUCACUGAAAUAUGUGCCGAGCGGGUCGAACACGCCAAAACUGAUGAGGAAAAGGCUGAUUGGGAAGUGAUGAAGACGCUUGUUGGCGAGAACCCUCGUGGCAAGAUUGUGGAGUACCUUGGCUUCAACAAGGACGACCUCACGAACGGCAGUGCUGAGGAAACUACUGAGGAUGCUGAUGACGACGAUGAAGAUGACGACGAUGAGGAUGAAGAGACCAAGGCCUCAGCAGGGGAUGCCAAAGACAACAAGAAGAAGCGCGUCUCCAGCUUCUUUGAAGGUACUGAGGGUGAUGGUGAUGACUUCUUGUCCGAUCUUGCCGCUACUAAGGGUGCGAAGACUGAUAAUCCCUUUCAUCUCUUCAGCGAUUCCGAUACCACUAUCGAGAAGAGCAUCACCACUGCCCUCAUGCUGGGCAACUUUACCAAGGCAACUGAACUAUGUCUCAAGGAAGAUCGAUUCGCCGAUGCAUUCUUGAUUGCCAAUUGCGGUGGUCAGGAACUUGUUGAGAAGGUCCAAUCUGCUUAUCUCUCGCGUAAGAGUGGCAUGCCCAGCUACAUGCGUCUACUAGGCUCAGUCAUUACUAAGAACCUUUGGGAUGUUGUCUACAAUGCUGAUUUGGAGAACUGGAAAGAGACCAUGGCUAUCGUCUGUACUUUCUCUGACCCCAAUGAGUUCUCGGAUCUCUGUGAGGCCCUGGGCGACAGGAUUGACGAGGAAGGCGAUCGAAAGGAUGCUUCAUUCUGCUAUCUUGUUGGAUCCAAGCUGGAGAAGGUGGUCUCUAUCUGGGCUGACGAGCUUGAUGAAGCUGAGGAGGCUGGUUUGAAGGAGGAGUCUGAAGAUUCUACCUUCUCUGUCCAUGCCAGGUCUCUACAGAACUUCAUCGAGAAGGUAACGAUCUUCCGCCAGGCUACCAAGUUCCAGGACAGCGAGACAAGUUUGACUUCAGAUUGGAAGCUCUCAGUUUUGUACGACAAGUACACUGAGUAUGCCGAUAUUUUGGCUGGUCACGGCCAACUGGAGACUGCUCAAAAGUACCUGGACCUUCUCCCAUCCAACUACCCUGCUGCAGAACUGGCAAGGAAUCGUGUACGCCUAGCUACAAAGAAGCCUGCUGCUCAGUCCGCUGCUCGAGUACCAGCUUCGUCAAGCAGGACGUCGUCCAGGGUGCAGCCUACUGUUGCUUACCAAACCCCUGUGCCCCUGACCGCAGCUAAUGGCCCGCCUGGUACCAUCACACGGGAUCCUUACAGCAAUAUCAUCCCCGGCCCCGGGCCAGUUGCUCCUCGAACAACCGGAUCGCCUGCACAGCAAUACCAGCCUCCUACUAACCCUUACCAGCCACAGAGCAACUUUGCUGCUCCUGCGCAAACUGGAUACGGAGCUGCUGCUGGUUAUCAACCUCAUGCUCAGUCUGGCUAUGGUGCUCCCGCUCAGUCUGCUUACGGUGCUCCUGCCCAGGCUGGUUAUGGCGCUCCCACUCAACUUGGCUAUGGUGCUCCCGCUCCCCUUGCACCUCCUCCAAUGGGCGGCCCUCCUCGAAACACCACUCCCUCAUCCAUAACACCUGCGGCGAAUCGUAAGGACAUGGAUAACUGGAACGAUGUCCCGCUCGUUACCAAGGCACCUCCUGCACGCAGGACCACACCUAGUGUUCAGGCUAUCACUUCUCCUUUCUCGGGCCAGCAAGGCGUAGGCGCACCUCCCCCUCCUCCGGGUGCAUCUCCUUAUGGACAGCGAACUGGCUCGACCCCUCCUCCGCCUCCUCCGAAGGGACCAGCACCGCCUCGAGUUCAGUCGCCCUUAGCAGGUCCCCCCCAGAACUUCCAGGCUCCUCCUGCUGCUACAAGCGGCCAUAACCCUUACGCACCUCCUCCCCCUGCUGCCGGCGCUAUCCCGUCACCAAUGCCCAGCGUCGUCGGACGAACAGCAUCGCCUUACAACGCCCCUCCUGCCGGAGCACCUCCCACAAACCGAUAUGCUCCCGCUCCUGCAGCACAGCAGCAGCAACAGUACAAUCAACCCCCAGGAUCGGCGCCCCCUCCCGGAGCCGCAAGCCGUCCUCCGGCCGGUUCAUUUGGAGCCCCACCUCAGCAGUCAACUCCUCAUGGCCAGUACGCUCCCUCCCCAUAUGGUGCCCCUCCUAGUCAACAGUCUGCACCUCCCACUGGACCUCCCCCGAUGAACAGACCCGGACCUCCUGGUGGUCCCCCUGGUGGUCCAUUCGCCAAUUCGUCUCCCAGGCCAACCCCUCCUCCCCAGUCGUCAACCCCUCCCAAGGCCAGACAUCCUGCUGGCGACCGAUCGCACAUCCCUCCCAACGCUCAGCGCCUGGUAGACCUUCUGAGCCAGGACAUGCAGCGAGUUGCUUCCAAGGCUCCUUCAACGUUUGCGCCUCAAGUCAAGGAUACCCAGAAGCGACUCGGCUUACUCUUUGAUCACUUGAACAACGAGGAGUUGGUGAAGCCUGACACGAUUGCGCAGCUUUCUGAGCUUGCCAGUGCUAUUGAGGCCAAGGAUUACGAAGGAGCACACAAGCUUCAGGUUGAGCUUCAGCGAGACAAGACCGAGGAGUGUGGUAACUGGAUGGUUGGUGUUAAGAGGCUUAUUAGCAUGAGCAAGGCUACACCGUAA